AUGUCUGCAUUUGAUCUACACAGUCUUUCCCUAGCUCUUCGGAUAACACACCCCGACAUAUUCAACAUGGCACCCACCACACCGAGACCGGCUCGGAAAAAAGCCCGACGAGUCCAUCCUCGCUCAAGGAGACACCGUAUUGACAAGCGCUCUUCCCCGAGGUCGCCACGGACAGUUCUAGCCCACAAGAAGACAAGGAUACGGGCCAAAGGGAAGGACCUUGCAAACCCGAGUAGCGCGAGAGCCUUCAUGAAUCACAAAGCCAGCAAGAACAAAGUCAGUCCGCGCAUCGUGAAAUACAACAUUGCCUCGCAGUGGCCGUCUUCAGAGCCCUUUGAGAAGAACUGUCUUCAGCGAGAACCGUUGCCGGACAACUAUGUGUUUGUACCCAGCGGAAACAUUUAUGUUACAAGAAACUGUCGAAGUAAGACAAAAGAGUCUCACCGGCUGGUCUACAAAGUUUAUAACAAUACAGGGAAGAAGGUUAUUGGAAUCCGUAUCCCUUCAGAUGUUCAUACUGCAGUCUUGCAGGCCGCCGAAGAAACGGCUGAGUCCCGCGCUAUUGCUGUCAAGGCCCGCGAUGAAAAGGAGCUGACUCGGGCACGACAAAUCCUCUGCAUCCGCUUCCCAUUGAUGCCCGUUGAGGACUUGGAGACUGUCCUCGACCAUGCCUUUCUCAAGGGCUCUGGCCGCGUCGGGCGGACAUCAACAACCUCGGACGAGCACAAGGCUAUUCUCGCCGUGGAAGCGCACAUUCGACACAUGCAUACACCAUACGAGAGCUUACUUCGUGCAGGCACGAAACGAGAAGAUGCUCGGAAAGCGGUAUGGGACACGGUGCAGUCUAUUCGAGCAGCAUGGGAAGGGAGAACCACAAAGCCAGCCAAACUUUCUCUGCGCUCGAAGGAUUCAUAA